AGGAGGCCUCGAAUGCUUCCACGGCCAAACCGAAUUUCAGUGUUCUCUUGGACUGGCCACAGCUCGCAGCGACGCCGUUCAUGGGUUCCGCCGUGCUCCUCCGACCUGAUGGGGCCCCUGGGACCUUGUCGUUGUUGCCUUUCGCUGCCAUGCGAUCGACUGGCAACCAUUCGCGUUCCUUUCUAGGCGCGCGCCGAAGACCCGUCGCGCCAUCUCGGGCUCGGCGCGCUCGCUGUUCGGUCAGGUCUACGGCGAGGUUGUUUGAGCAGGUGUUUCAUCGCCUGUACCCCAUAGAGCCGCUCGCGCCCCUCUGGCGGAGCGGCGUCGGGGCCACUUGGUUUUGGCCCUGAGCGUCUCCCUAGCCAAAGUUGAUGAUCCCAGGCCCUGGGAUCCGCCCAAGGAGUGCCAAAUCGUUCAAAACGCUAGGUCUGAAGAAUCACGGCUUCAGAGGCUUGGACUGAAAAUGGUCAGGGUCGCCCCAGCCAGUUGCUCAGUCUUUGUACAGUUGACAAGCGCAUCGGCGUGGCAAAGCAAAUGUCGUGGCCCCAGAACGCCCCGGAGUUGAAGAUGAUGGGUGUUCCGAGUCCCAAAUUUCCGGCGCGAGUGCAUUUGUUGUUCGUCAAUUUAAGAUCCCCAGGCCGUUUGCAGACACUGGGGCCAUCCCAAAAAACGAUCCGCACGGCCUCAAGGAAGGGAAUAUUGAAUUCCAACAGAAACACGUCGGAGGUUUGGGAUUUGAUUCGGGUGGAGUAGUCUGGCAUUCUUUGUUUGACCAGUCGUGUUGUGUUGCGCCCAUUGUUGAACUCACAGUCUCAGGUGUCACAAGACCAACUUCCACGAGCAACAGUUUCUUCAGGCACGACGUCGACCGUGAUUCCAUCACCCUCACGAGCGGCCAUGGCUUGACACUUUCGGACAUGCUGCAGGGCAGUUUGGACCGGAUCCUCCAGUUCACGCAGCGCGACGAGCCUCCUUUUUGGAGGAGCGAGGACCGCCGUGAACAUUCGCCCACUCGGGAGGCUACCGAGACAGCAGAAGUGACGUGGGAGGCAGACGCGGUCAUUGACACGGCCAGGACGACCACCUCCUUUGCCACCGCCGCCCGCUCGGCCCGGGCGCACAGCCAUCAGCGCGCGCCCAGCGGCGGGGCGCUGAGCGAGGAGGACGAGGGCGUCGCCACCAUCGACGGCUUCGACAGCCCACGGAGCGGCGGCAGCAGCCCCCCGGGCACGUCGCGCGACUGGGAGGCGGUCAGGCCGCUGAAUGUGGGGAUCGGCAGAUUCGGGUCAGGCGUCGCUGCUGACAUCCUCGACGAGACGGCAUCGGUUUGGGGUUUCGGCGACACGAUGCGCAGCAACUUGUCGACCGCGCGCUCCAAUCGCUCGGAGAGCAUGAGCGUCCAACAGUCCGCCCGCACUGUGGGCACGGCUCUCGAGAACACGCUGUCGCUGGAUGGCGGCCUCGACGGCGGGUUCGCCAGCGUGCUCAACAGGCUCGCCGCGGAGAGCUUCGCCCUGGACGAGAGCCUCUCGAGGAGCGUGCGGAGGGUGUUGCAGCUCGGGACGGUCCUCACUGGGCAGAGGCUCUCCGACGAGGAGAUCCAGGCCUUGCCCCAGGUGCGCUUUGAGUCUUCCGAGCAGCAGAGCUGUACCAUCUGCCUCGAGGGGUACAACAGCGGCGAGCUGCUGACAGCCUUAAGCUGCGGGCAUUUCUUCCACAUAAAUUGCCUGGCCAGGUGGUUCCAGCGCUCCACGCAGUGUCCGCUCUGCCGGGCCAACAUGGACUGAGAGCGGGGCUGAUAGCGGACGAUGUCUUUUUCUGUUUUCUUGCCACCCCCUUUCCUGUUUCACCUCUUUGGCGAGCGCUGCUGGGUGCACAACGUGCAGACCAGCGCUCACCAUAAAUCGAAUGGCAUCUGGCCAAUCGGGGAUUGGCAGUUGCAGGGGAGCCGAGCUUCGAUGUGCUGGGCGGCGCAAGCAGGCUCGCGCUCGGCAUGCUUCUUCGGCUGACCAGAAGUCAGGAGAUCCCCAAGGGGAUUCAGGGCAGUGGGAGUGGGUCGUGGCAGUAGGAAGCAUGCGUCUUGUUCUUAUGUAUUGAGUGAUGGUCCCACACGGACCGGGACCCCAUUUAGGAGUCCCCACGAGUUGGUUCUCGACCCAGCCGAUUGUUCGAGUGAACGGUCUUGCUCAAGCGGAAUAGGUGAUCCGCCCCAGGAGUCGUAUGCCUUCGGAGUCGUCCUUGCAGCACCCCAUCAAAUUGUCAGCAGCAUCAACAUCUCAUUGUUCGUGCCACCGUCCCGUCCUGCUUCUAUGUUGAUAACAGCGCAGCUCAAUUGAGGCAAGCGAAGCACUCAGCAGGUCAGGCUAUGGCAGCAUGAUUCGCGAGGCUCUGGCAUGGUGCCAGCUGGCACAUCAAACAAGAAGGCAGCCUGCCUGUAGGCGCCCCACGGACAUGUCUUAUUGACCGAUGUCCGGUGAACCGCGGGGCACAUUUAAGAAAAUCCCGAAAUGUACCCCGAAAUGUCUUGUAUAGCAAUGUGUUUCACCGAAUCUUUCUACUGAUUACGGCAGCCACGCAGCGUAGAGUAGUACAGAUCAUAUACACUAGAAAAUGAUUGAGUACCGUUCGGGCCAUUGUGGCUCAAUUCAAGGACGCUGAUAAUGAGAAGCUGAGGUUCGGCCUCGAGUGGUGGGCGAUCUUCGAGGCGUGCCGCUUGGGAGUUGAUGGACGAAGACGUCUGACCGAGAGUGUCACGCUUUCUCCCACACAAACUGAAAGGCUCCCCGUUCUUUAGGUACCAGGCGUGCUCAAUGCCAUGAGUAGCGAGAGGCACAGCAGAUAUUUCAGAGCCUCAGAGGUGCUGUGGUGUGCAUUCUAGGAAGGCGGCUCUGUUUAACCACGUGGUCAUGCGCGGAGGGCAUUUGUAUUGCUCAGCACUUCGGCUAGCGCGAUCCAGUUUGUAGUCUGACACUGCGCGACUCCUCUCACGUCGUCCCGCUAUCCAUCGC